GCAGGUCGCUCGGGCGGCGAGACUUGCGCCGUCUGCCUCGGUCGCCACCCCAGGACCGAGGUGGGCAAGUGCCGUUCCGUCACGCUAUGGUCAGGCAAGAAAGCGAUAUGCCGAAGGAACUCCUCCGGACAGAUCGUCAGUACCGACGGAACCACGAUCUGCCUCGACUGGCAACGCCCUUCUGGCUGCUCCACCACCAGCGCCCGACACGUCCACAAGUGUUCGGGUUGUGGACUCUACGACCAUGGAGCCAGCACAUGCCCUUUGGCAGAGACGUUUUGA